UUGGGCUAACGUUGGCUGUCACGUGAAAACAACAAUCAAUCAAUUUUCGUCUCGCGUAGUAAAAAUCUAAGUGAAAAUUUGGAUUUUCCCCAAUAAAAAUUUAGAUUUUUCAACUACACUUUGUCUCAUUGUCCUCUUUUAGAUAUAAUCGAAAGAUCCAACGCUCAUCAACAUGACUGAAUAUUGGUUGAUUUCGGCUCCCGGUGACAAGACGUGCCAACAAACAUGGGAAACGAUGAAUAACGUGACAAGCAAACAGAAUAAUUUGUGCGAAAACUUCAAGUUUCAUAUCCCGGAUCUCAAGGUCGGAACAUUAGAUCAACUUGUUGGUUUAUCAGAUGAUUUGGGAAAGCUUGAUGCGUAUGUUGAACAAGUUUGUCGUAAGUUGUCAGCGUAUUUGGGUGAAGUCUUGGAAGACAAUCGAGACAAGUUACAGGAGAACUUGUUAGCAAACAACACUGAUCUUGCAACUUACAUCACAAGAUUCCAAUGGGACAUGGCAAAGUAUCCUACAAAACAAUCUUUGCGUAAUAUUGCUGACAUUAUUUCGAAGCAAACAGGUCAAAUUGAGUCUGAUUUGAAGACAAAAUCUGCUGCUUACAACAGUUUGAAAGGCAAUUUGCAAAAUUUGGAGAAAAAACAAACGGGAAGUCUUUUGACUCGCAAUUUAGCUGAUUUGGUCAAAAAAGAGCACUUUAUUUUGGACUCGGAAUAUUUGACAACAUUGUUAGUUAUUGUACCAAGAGCAAACAUCAAUGAUUGGCAAGCCAAUUACGAGAAAAUUACUGAUAUGAUUGUUCCACGCUCAUCACAGUUCAUAACUCAAGAUCAGGAUUAUGCACUGUUUAAUGUCACUUUAUUCAAAAAGGUAGCUGAAGAGUUCAAAUUACAUGCUCGUGAAAAGAAAUUUGUCGUUCGAGAUUUCGUAUACAACGAAGAAGAAUUGGCAGCUGGCAAAAAUGAAAUCACAAAACUUGUUACAGACAAGAAAAAGCAAUUUGGUCCUUUAGUUAGAUGGUUGAAAGUGAACUUUAGCGAAGCGUUCUGUGCUUGGAUUCAUCUAAAAGCAUUACGAGUGUUCGUUGAAUCAGUAUUGAGAUAUGGAUUGCCAGUCAAUUUUCAAGCAAUCCUCAUCCAUCCAAAUAAGAAGAGCAUAAAAAGAUUGAGAGAUGUUUUGAAUCAACUCUAUGGUCAUCUGGAUGGUUCAGCAUCUGGAUCUGCGGGCAUGAGUGAUAAUGUUGAUAUUCCGGGACUUGGUUUUGGUCAAAACGAGUAUUAUGCUUAUGUGUUCUACAAACUAAAUGUUGACAUGAUUGACUCAAAGGCUUUGUAAGCACAAAAUACACGUUAAACAAAUAAAAAAUUCCAAUUUUAGUGCAAGAAAUAUGCGUUCGUAAUAAAUAAAACUUAAGACAAAUAAAAGAAAAUGUUGAAAAAAUUAUCGUUGAAUCCUAUCCUAAAAUAUAGUUUCGUUUCCUUAACUAAUUGUGUGAAGAUUAAAAUCAAAUAUUAGAAAUGCAAAGAGUUUUAAUUGGAAAAUUAAUUACUUAAUAAACAUCAACUGACCAUUUUAAAGGCGCAAAGAAUCGUAAUAAAUAAAUAUAAUGUUAGAAAUUUGUUAUAGCAAAGCUUCAUGUGUGACAUAUGAGACAUAAAACACAACGGUGCUUGGUUAAUAUAUCUCGCCAUUAUUUAUGUCUGAUUGCCAACCAUGUUUUGUUUUAUCGUUUAUUUGAAAUGAAAAAAAAAAUAUUAUGUCUAAAUAGUGUUGUUAUUUGUAUAAUAAUAUAAUAAAGCAUAAACAAUAUGGAAAUAAAACAAUAAUAAUAUUUAGAAGGAAAAUUAUUCAUUCUUGUUGUUGUAUAUUGCAUAAAAUUUACCAUAAUUAAAUAUAAUAAUUCGAAGAAACAAAAGGUGUAAAAAUUUAUUGAUUGAACAAAAUUUAUCGAAAAUAUAUUGUAUUAUUAUAAAAUAAAAUCUAUUGAAGAAUAUCUG